UUAUCGUUUUGAGAGGUUAGAUCCAUUUGAAACAGAGAUCUCAGCUCAGCACACAAUAGAAAAAGAGAUCUUUCUUCUUCAUCAUCUUCAGCUCACACCCAAAUUGAUUUGAUUCGAUUCCAAAGAGAGAGAAGUUUUGAAUUCAAUCUCAAUGGAAUCGGCAGUAGAAGAAGAAGAAGCUUCCGUACCCAUGGCUGAACAGCUCCACCAUACCUCUCUCAAAAACACAACCUUGCUGUCCUCUAUUGGUAAUGGUAAUGGAAAUGGACUCGAUGCUACUGCUAACGAUCGCGAUCAAGAUCACGAUCACCUUGUACAGACUGUCUUUGAACUAGGAUUUCAGAAUGAAUAUCUCAAGUCUCAGUUCCGAGGCUUUGCUGAAGAUUCUCAAUUUAUUACUUCCGAGAACGAUGGACAAGCUAUUGUACAGCUUCAGGAAACCAUCGAAUCUUUGAAUGCUCAGCUUUCGGAAGAGAGACUUACUCGUGUGGCCGCAGAAGAGGCUUUGAAGCAUCUUCAAGUGGCUCACUCGGAGGCUGAUGCUAAAGCCCUAGAACUCUCUCUAAAGCUUACUCAAGCUCAACAGAAGUUUGAUCAAGAAAUUAAAGAACGUGACGAUAAAUAUGCUGAUCUUGACUCCAAAUUUAACCGUCUUCACAAAAGAGCCAAACAGCGUAUUCAAGAUGUUCAAAAGGAAAAGGAUGAUCUUGAAGCACGGUUUCGGGAGGCAAAUGAAUCGGCCGAGCGAGCAUUAUCUCAACAAGCGACAUUGCAGCAGGAUCUGGAGCGUACAAGACAACAAGCAAAUGAAGCAUUGAAAGCAAUGGAUGCAGAUAGGCAACAAUUAAGAAGCACAAACAAUAAACUCCGGGACAAUAUUGAAGAAUUGCGACAUUCAUUACAGCCUAAAGAGAGUGCUAUUGAGGCAUUGCAGCAGUCGCUUCUAGAGAAGGAUCAGAUGUUGGAAGACAUGCAAGGAUUGCUACAGGCUGCCGAAGAAAAGCGGCAAGCUGCAAUAGCUGAACUCUUAGCUAAACAUCAGAAGAACUUGGAAAGCUUGGAAGCCCAACUUGCUGAUGCAAUAUCAGACAGAAGUAAAGCAACUGAAACCAUUUCUUCUCUUCAGAUGCUGGUUGCAGAGAAGGAAUCAAAGAUUGCAGAAAUGGAUGCAGCAUCAACGGGCGAAGCAGCCCGACUCAGAGCUUCGGUGGAAACUAUCAAAGGAGAAAUUGCUCACUUGAAACAUGAGCAUGAGAAAGAAAAGGAGAGCUGGGAAGCUACAUCUCAGGCACUUAAAACAAGACUGGAAAAUUCUGAGAAUAACUGUAUACGUGCUGAAGUUGAAUUAGCUAAAAUGAGAAGCCAACUGGAAUCAGAUUUAUCCUCACAAACUCAAGCGCUCAAUGCAAAAGAUGCUGAAUUAGAAGCUGCCAAAAAUGAGAUCAAACGCCUUGAAGCUGACUUUUCCUCUUACAAAAUCCGUGCUCAUACACUUUUGCAAAAGAAAGAUGCAGAGCUAGCCGCCGGUAAAGAUUCCGAGCAAGUCAAAGCUCUUGAGGAAGCACUGAAAGAGGCUGAAAAGGAAGUUUCAUUGGUUUGUGCUGAAAGAGACAGAGCCCUUCAAGAUCUUCAAGAAGCUCUGGCUAAUCAUGAUAAAGAACUUGCAGAAAGAGAGUCAGCUCUUAUUGAUGUCAAGCAGCAGAUAAAGAGCUUAGAAACGAAGCUUGAUUCCGCCAAUGCUCGCAAUCAAUCCGACAGAGAGGCAUGGGAAAGGAACCUCCGUAACUUGGAAGAAAUGUGGCAAUCAAGAUUUGAUGCGUUGAAAGUUCAAAAUGAAGCAUCUUCCGGAGAAGAUCUAGAAAAGGAAUUAGGAGAUCUCAAGCUGCGGUAUAAAAAACUAAAGGAAGAACACCAUUCAUUUCGUGAUCUUGCUGAUAAAAUGAUUGAGGAAAAGGAUAAUGAAAUCUCUAGACUCACAGAUGAUAACAAGAAUCUUCAGCGAUCUCUGGAAUCAAGACCAAAAGUUGACAACUACAACUCAGGCUUGCAGAAAGAGGAUGCAUCUAAUAAUGCAGCAGAACAGCAGAUUUUGAUUUUGGCGAGGCAACAAGCCCAAAGAGAAGAAGAGCUUGCACAGUCUCAGAGACACAUUCUGGCGCUUCAAGAAGAAAUUGAAGAACUGGAACGUGAGAAUCGCCUCCAUAGCCAACAGGAAGCCAUGUUGAAGGCUGAGCUUCGCAACAUGGACCGAACACAGAAGAGGGAAGGGGUGGAUUUGACAUAUUUGAAAAAUGUCAUUCUAAAGCUUCUUGAAACAGGUGAAGUGGAGGCUCUUCUGCCAGUGAUUGGAAUGCUUCUUCAAUUUAGUCCUGAAGAGAUACAAAAGUGUCAACAAGCCUAUCGAGCAUCUGCAGAUGCUGUUCCAAGCCCAUCGGGUGAUGCUUCAUCAAAAUCUUCUGGCUCUCUUUUCUCUAGAUUUGCAUUUGCAUAAUUGCAAAAAGGAUACAAAGAAUUCUUUCGUUGCUUGUCUAUUGCAAUCCAGGGCAGCAAAGUUAGCUGCUUGUUGCCUUUGGAGGCGGAGCACUGCAUGCUGUCUCAUUAUCAACAUCAGAAGAGAGUUGUUUGUCUUGGUACAACGUUAUGCAAAACCACAGGAAAGUGUAAAGAGAGAUUGGCUUACAUAAAAUUUUAGAGGGAGGAGGAAGGAACAUUUUUUUUGACAGUGUGUAUAUUUAUACUGUCCAAGAGAAUUAACUGUCGUAAAGCUGAUUCUUUGAUUUUUGACAAUUAUUUUUUAGUACAGGUGAAAAAUGCUUAUAGAUUUUGACAUAGUAUUGUUUGGAAAUAAGACCAAUAUAGAAUGAAGGGUACUAUUCAGACCAAUUAAGCUCAGUAUAGAAACCCCAAGUAAUUUGGACUUGAGGAGUGGCUCUAGAUUCGAUCAUAGUCUUCAUUGUGUUCAUAAUGUAUAAUAUUAAACUGUCUUAUAUGUUUUGACCAUUAUUUGUACACUCUUCUCACACUACUUGUUCAUUGUGAACCUUUAAUAUUAUUUGUGGCAAGUUCAUUUCAUGUUGAUGAGGAUUGUUAUAAAGCACACGUACUGUCGAGUCGACUAUAAUAUCUAUAAAUAUAUACGUGGUAGAAUUGUUGACCAUUCGUACAAUCUUAAUCAAUUUGUCGGCCACCAUUUAUAAUAUAAGAAGAAUAAAAAUGGUUGUAAAUUUUUAGCAAAUAGUUGUAAAUUUUACCCUAAAAGAAUAUGUUUUUGUUAAUAAUAGCAAUAAAAAUGGAUAUUUUCUGAUACCGACUAAGAAGUAUAUUCCCUUUUGGAACUUUUUCUCCAGUCCUUUUUCCACCAAAAAAAAACCACAGAGGAAAUUUUGAAUAGUAGUACUUUAUAGUUGAAUAUGAUUCCCUUCAAAUAUAAAAAAGAGUACAUUUGAAAUUGAAUAUGAUUCCCUUAAUGAGCUAAGCUAACACAGUAGUGCAUAGAGAUUGAUUCAUUCAUCCCUUAAUAAACAUAAUUAGGGAACUAAAAAACUUUUUUGAUUAUUAUAACUACUCUCAAACAAAAACCAUGGCCACUCCAAAGAAAAAAGAGCAAAAUCAAGAAGAAACAAAUGCUGCAAACUCUAGUACUAGUAGAAUAGUAGAAUCUGAAAAAGGGGUAUGAUUCAAUUCAAUUCAAAUCAAUUCAAGCAUGCUUAGCUUGAAAAUCUUUCAUGAAAGCAACCAACUUUUCAACCCCAGCCAAAGGCAUAGCAUUGUAAAUAGAAGCACGCAUACCUCCCACUGAUCUAUGCCCCUUGAGUUGAACCAUCUUCUCCUUAGCAGCCUCCUUAACAAACUCACCUUCCAACUCAGACUUCUCAAGUGUGAAUGGCACAUUCAUCAAUGACCUCACUGACUUCUCCACUGGACACCUGAAGAACCCAUUGCUCUCAUCAAUAGCAUUGUAAAGAAUCUCAGCUUUCUUCUGAUUCUUCUUCUCCACUUCCUUCAAACCACCCUGUUCCAACAAAUCCUCAAACACUAAACCACACAUGUAAAUACCAUAACAAGGAGGAGUGUUGUAAAGUGAGUUGUUCUCAGCAUGAAUCUUGUAAUCCAACAUCACUGGUGUCUGUUCUUGUGCAUUACCAAUAAGAUCUUUCCUUAUGAUUACAAUGGUGACUCCAGAUGGUCCAACAUUCUUCUGUGCUCCAGCAUAGAUCACACCAAACUUAGACACAUCAACUGGCUUUGAACAGAAAUUUGAAGACAUGUCUGCAACUAAAAUGCCUGUGGAGUUUUGUGGUGUUGGGUAGUUUUUGAACUCAACUCCAUGAAUUGUCUCAUUGGCGCAUAUAUGCAAAUACUUGGCAUCUGGGUUUUGUUCCAAACCCUCGAAAGUUGGGAUCUUUGUGUACUUUUCAGAUUUUCCUGACCAAAUCAAAUUAGGGUUACAGUACUUCUUAGCUUCCUUAAUAGCCUUAUCACCCCAAGACCCAGUAACGAGAAAAUCAACAGGGUCACUUGGUGAGCAGAGAUUCAAAGGUAUGGCGGCGAAUUGAGUGGUUGCGCCACCCUGGAGAAAUAAGACAGCGUAUUCAUCUGGGAUUUCGAGUAGGGUUCGGAGAUCGGAUUCGGCUUUUUGAAUAAUGGAAAGGAAUUCUUUUCCUCUGUGGCUCAUUUCCAUGACACUCAUGCCAGAUCCACGGUAGUUGUAGAGCUCUGACUGAGCCUUUAAGAGAACAUUUUCCGGUAGGAUGGCUGGACCGGCGGCGAAGUUAAAAAGCCUUUCUUGGGAGUGAGCUGGGAGUGGUGGACGAUCUUGGAUUUGGGUUGAGGUGGCGGCGCAUGAGAUGGAGAUUCUGCGGUUGGGGAUGGUGAAUCUAGAGAAAGCGUUAAAGGGUUUAAAGAUUGAGGUUUUGGGAAGUUGGUGGUGAGGUUGAGUUGGGUUUUGGAGGAGAAGUGAGUGUGGUGUGGUUGCCAUUGCCAUGGUGAUUGGUGACGGCUCUCAGAUUUGAAAAGGCAGAGAGAGAGAGAGAGAGAGAGAGAGAGAGAGAGAGAAGGGGUUUGUUUCGUAGUGGCGAAGAUCAAAGUUGCUUUGAG